AUGUCCGAUAUUCCAUUAUCUCUUCAAGGACUCCUUGGUGUUGCCAUGGACAAAACUCAACCUCAAGUUGAGACCAUUCUCGCAACCCUCAAGCCAGACAUUGUCUUCUUUGAUUUUGCAACAUGGCUUCCAGCAAUAACUCGUCCACUAGGCGCCAAGUCAAUCUGCUUCUCAGUGAUAAACGCAGCCACGUAUGCUCUAUUCUUGGUUCCAGCUCGAAAAAUGGCUCCGGACAUGAACCUGGAAGAGCCGUUGCAGCCACCGCCUGGCCACCCAUCUUCAAAUGUGGUCAUAAGAGCCAAAGACGCCCCUUAUAUUGCUCCCGCAAACAGCGUCAGUCCAAUAUUGUCUAUUUUCAAGCGGGUAACUGGUUGCUUCCAAGAAUGCGAUGCAAUUGCCUUUAGAUCAUGUCAAGAAAUGGAGAGAGUUUAUUUUGAUUAUGUUUCACAACAAUACUCAAAGCCCGUGCUGUUAAUGAGGCAUUUGUUGCCUAAAACAUCAGCUUCACAGCUUGAAGAGAAAUACGAUAAGUGGCUAAACAAGUUUAAACCAGGUUCCAUUGUGUAUUGUGCAUUUGGCUGCCAAAUUACACUCGAUUUAAAGCAAUUGCAAGAGCUGGUUUUGGGGUUUGAGUUGAGGGGGCUUCCAUUUUUGGUGGCUCUAAAGCCACCGGAAGGAUUUUCAACCAUCGAAGAAGCUUUACCUGAGGGGUUUGAAUAG